UGAAAAGAAGACAUCCGCAUAUAAGUCACGAAUUUCCGCAUUCAUCUGACAGGUGGACGAAAUUAGUGUGGACAAAACAUCGAAACCGCUUCAUUCUUUCAUGUCUGAAAUUUAUGUAAAGUGCUCGUUCCGUGACGAACACACUGACUCGGAUUAACCCAACCCUCCACGGAUUGAAAGAUAACGAAGGCCAGCAAUUUAAUAUGGCGUUGAGUUAUCACUUGUUGUUUAAAAUCCUCCUCGUUGGCGAUCCCGACGUCGGCAAAUGUGCCAUCUUUCAUCCACCUGCAGGCGAUGCCUCAGUUUUGUCGGCUAUGGGAGUGAAUUUUCUCAAAAGACAGUUAGAAAUCGGUGAGUAGAAUUCUUUUGGUGAGUACUUUUACGGUACAUGAAUCUCUCCCCCCGCCUGGAUUUCGCUCGAUCUUUAAGCGCUACGGUAUAUUGCGCUGAACCGCCAGGCGUAAGGGAUUUAACGAUACAACUCGGCGACUAUUUAUAGUUCUGUGUUAUCUAUCGACGACUCGAAGUUCGUUUUAGGACGAUAUUUGCUUUGUGUUUGUAGAAAUCGCAAUGGAACUAGUUGAAAGCGCUGUCAAUAUCAUUCUCUUGAAGUUCACAAUUCCUCUGAGAUGAUUUUCAUUCGUGUUUUUUUCCCAUGAACUGACAGAUGUUUUUAUUGACUCACUCAUACGGAUAAGUCAAUUUUUUUUCCCAAACUACUUUUAUAAUUAAGAAAUGAUCUGAAACUGUUAUCGUUGAAAUAGGAAUGCGUUUCCUCGCUUGAUACUUCCUAAUUUGAAACAUUGAGAGGGCAAAUAUUUUACGUGCCUCGACGGCACUACUCGAUCAAAGAACGACAAGCUCUCCCACUAAUGUCUAGCUCUUUUGACCUUGUUGAAUUUAUUUUGCUUUCAAACUUCAGAUGGGAAGCGAGUAAAAUUACAGAUAUGGAAUAUUGCAGGACAGGAAAGGUAAAAAUUGUGGAGCCAAACAUGUUAAUUUGCUCUACUUGGUACUUGAGUCACGCGAUAAGAAUGGUCACGCCAUAUCGAGUUCUCGUUAACAGCUGCACUCAAGCCCAUGUAAUUUAGUAGAAAUUUCGUGCAAGGAUCCUAAUUAGUGUUACAGAAAGUUUGAAAAUGCGGUUGAAAGGUUCCGUUAUCUUUUCUGUUCUGAAAGACGUGAGUUUUUUUUUUUUUUUAAUUGUAAAACGAGAUGAUUGUCGUACAGAACGCGGAAGUCCUUCCGCGGCUACACCUUAACCGACGCAUUUCCGUUGAGAAACGAAAUUUUUUUAAAUGCGGUUUUGCCUGUCAUCCUCUCUUAAAAGCCCCAAUCCGCCGGUUAAAACGGAGAAUCUUAAAACGUUUUCAUAAAUGGAUUUUUCUGAAAAUGCAUUGUUCUCAAAAUUUCCUGUUCCUUUUGUGGACAAGUGAAAUCGGAGGUGAGGAGAAAUGCAUCACGUAUUGUCUCCUCUUACAGCGUUUGGGGCGUUUUGGUGUGGAUGAUGGGAGAAAAUACUUUAAAAGGUAUGCAUGCGUCGUCAAAUCAAAUAACGCAGAAGUGUAGACGUUUAGGAACGAAGAGAAGACUGGUGACUUGGGCAGAAAUAUUUUGCAGAACAGAUUCUUUCAAGAUUGGAUAAGUGCGUGGUCGGCGCCUGAAAACAAAAUCUCAGGCAUGUUUGUUUCACUAGAUCCUUGUCACCGACUUUUGAAACCACAAUCUCCCGUAUGAGAGUGUAGUAAAAAGAAAAAUCACAAUCCCUACCCUACAUUGUAGCGACCACGUUUUGACGUAAAAAUUGUGUUGUUGUCACGGGCAACUGACACCGUUUCCAAUGGAAACGUGUCGCCCCUGACUUCAUUUGAUAAGCGGGUAGUUGAUUACCAUUGGAGACGAGGAAGGUUGCCCGUGAUAAUACCAUUAUUUUAUGGUCAAAACCACGCCACCAAACUUUUUCUGCGCCUCAGUUAACUGAUAACAGUAAGAACUGUGUUUCAGUUGCUUUGUACUGAAAUCCAAUUUUUUUAGUACCCAGGCCAUCACCCCCAGCUACUAUCACGGUACCCAAGGUUUCAUCGUUGCUUUUGACGUCACCGAUAAGAGUUCCUAUGACAACAUCCUGGAGUGGCUUCUUAUCAUUGAAGAACACGCCAGCGAACGAGGCUCUCAAAAGAUGUUGGUCGCUAAUAAGUGCCAUUGUCAGGAGAGAAACCGCGUCAUUACAGAAAAAGAAGGCGAGGCUUUCGCCAGAGAGUUUGGUAUGAGAUAUGUGGAAAUCAACGAUCUGCAAAGCUCAGAGAUUGACGAAGCUCUAAAGCAGUUAAUUCAAGACAUCUUGAACAACAACGGCGCUCAAGAAAAAGUUGAGGAUGGUCGCAAAACGAACAUUUGUGAGUUAGACACGGGAUAUAACAGCACCAGAACUGGAGGAGAGAAAGAAUCACUUUUAGGGAAGAGAUUCUAAUCUCUUGCUUCCAAUAAGUCUUCCGAAAACUUGUUGGUAUAAAAGAAGCCUUCCGAAAAUAGGAGAUUUAAAAAAAAAUAUGGAAGUAUUUAGCCUUUAGGAAUCUUCGACAGUUUUUCCAUCAGAUUUUGCGAGCAACGUUUUGUAGAAAACGAGAUUUUAAUACCUUAUUUUCCGAGAAGAUAUGUUUGCUAAUUAGGACUUUGUACAUCUUUUAACCUCCCAUCCCCUUCAGACAUAAGCUUGGCAGUCAAGUACGAGAGAGUUGAAGCCGCGCGCAAGAACGUGUGAACGUGUAGACGCGCAAGGAAGGUGUCUCCUCGCUCGCCUUAUUCAAUUAGCCAAUUUGUCAGAGCAUAAGGAUAGAAUGAAAAUGUUUACGAUUUUUGAAGUUUAAGUUGAAUUAAUAUAUAUAUGAAAUGACGUCGACGAGGGGAAUAUAGGCAUUCCCACUAAUUACCAAGGUUGGAAGCUUAGAAAACAACCGGUUUUUGUAGCCAACGUUCAUCUUGGACAUGUUUGCUGUACCAUGUUCCUUGUUGUAAAUAAAGUAAACUAAAGGUAACAUGCUGAUUUGGUAGGACUCUCACGCUC